AUGAGUAUACUGUUAGAGGGUUGGAGAGAAAAGUUAGAGGAUAGAGGACGCAGGAUCAGCAGACUGAAGACGGAAUGCAUGAAAUGCCACUUCGGAGAGGAGGAUGAGCAGGAGGAGGAUUUGGAAAUAGACCUAGAGGUACUCAGAGAGACUGAUAUCUUCACGUACCUAGGGUCUAUGGGAGCAGAGACCUGGGCAACCACCAAGAGAGAAGAGGAGCGCCUGGAUGUGAACGAAAUGAGAAUGCUGGGAUGGACUCGCGGGGUGACAAUAAGGGACAGAGUGUCUAACCGCCACUUUAGAGAAUCUCUACACGUCACUGAGGUGGCCAGGAAGUGA